GCAAGGUUCGAGCUGCGUAUAAAAGGCUCGGCGGCCCAGUGACUACUGGGAGCUGUGAAUUUCAGUUUUGCGUCUUCUCCUCUGCGGGUCCGGCUUUCACCUACGCAGCCAUGGCAUCCGGCAGCGCGCACAUCGGGAAGCCGGCCCCGGACUUCACGGCCACCGCUGUGGUGGACGGCGCCUUCAAAGAGGUCAAGCUCUCGGACUUUAGAGGGAAGUACGUGGUCCUCUUCUUCUACCCGCUGGACUUCACCUUCGUGUGCCCCACGGAGAUCAUUGCGUUCAGCGAGCACGCUGAGGACUUCCGAAAGCUGGGCUGCGAGGUGCUGGGGGUCUCCGUGGACUCGCAGUUCACCCACCUGGCUUGGAUCAACACGCCCCGUAAGGAGGGAGGCUUGGGACCCCUGAACAUCCCGCUGCUGGCCGAUGUGACCAGAAGCUUGUCUGAUAAAUAUGGAGUGCUGAAGAGCGAUGAGGGUAUUGCCUACAGGGGCCUCUUCAUCAUCGAUGGCAAGGGCAUUCUGCGACAGAUCACUGUGAACGAUUUGCCCGUGGGGCGCUCUGUGGAUGAGGCUCUACGGCUGGUCCAGGCCUUCCAGUACACAGAUGAACAUGGGGAAGUCUGUCCCGCUGGCUGGAAGCCCGGCAGCGAUACAAUCAAGCCCACGGUGGAUGACAGCAAGGAAUACUUCUCCAAGCACAACUAGGCUGGCAGAUGGGAGCUGGGGAGUGAGUUUGUGUUCUUGGAUCCCACCUCUGCUUCUGCCUGGCUGUCUGUGCUGGCCUAGAAAGGAUGAAUCCAGAAAGGGUGGAUCUGCCCCUCCAAACUCCAAACUCCGCUGGGCACAGGCUGGAGAACUUUGCCAAGGUUUUCCCGUCCUCCACUAGGAUCGGGCGACAAGUGACCCUUCCCUGGUGCCCAUCCCACUGGCACAGGUCUGUAGAUGACCAAUAAAGUAUUAGGGACAGAAAUGA